UUAUUGGCAAUAUUAAUUAGGCAUGUGGGUCUUAGCUUCCCCAACACACCCAAUUAUUUAUGAAGUUUCAGCAUUUGUUUUCUCUUAAGAAUUUCUGACCUUGAUAGGCUUAUGAAUGACUCAUGAUAAUAACCUGUAACCACCUAUCUAAUUAAUACUAAAAUUGAAAAGUCUGGAUAUGCUCAUAUCAUUUUCUUUUUCCAUGUGGGGGAUGUGCUGAAAUCUGAUGGAGGUAGGUCUAAACUGGAGAACUUGGAAAUCCUUCUACAACUGAUUCUACAGCUGCAAGCUUUUCUCAGAAAUGGAGGUGCUCUGGGUCAAGGUGUUGUUCUUCAUGGUUUUCUGCUUGUGGAUUCCCAUGGAUGUGAUGGGAAUGACAGGAACUAGUGCUGUAAACUCUAGUGUUUCUUCCAACCCAAGUGUUUUGAGGAUUGGAGCCUUGUUCACUCUUGAUUCUGUCAUUGGAAGGUCUGCUAAACCUGGAAUCUUGGCUGCAAUUGAAGAUGUUAAUGCUGAUAAAAUCAUUCUUCCUGGCAUUAAGCUGGAGGUCCUUUUACAUGAUACAAAUUGCAGUGGGUUUCUUGGAACAGUGGAAGCUUUGCAGUUAAUGGAGCAUGAAGUAGUUGCUGUAAUUGGUCCACAGUCCUCUGGAAUAGCCCAUAUCAUCUCUCACGUUGCUAAUGAACUCCAUGUACCUCUUCUUUCAUUUGGGGCAACAGAUCCCUCUCUAUCUUCUCUGCAGUACCCGUAUUUUAUCCGCACCACCCACAGUGACUAUUUUCAGAUGUAUGCAGUUGCAGACUUGGUUGAUCACUAUAGAUGGAGGGAGGUGAUUGCCAUUUUUGUAGAUGAUGAUAAUGGAAGGAACGGGAUUUCAGCACUCGGAGAUGCUCUCGCGAAGAAGCGCGGCAAGAUCUCUUACAAGGCUGCCUUGCCUCCUGGAGCCUCCAAGAGUUAUAUCAGUGACUUGUUAAAUGGAGUGAACUUAAUGGAAUCCCGGGUCUAUGUUCUCCAUGUUAAUCCUGAUUCUGGUUUGCAAAUUUUUUCUAUUGCCAAGAAGCUUGGAAUGAUAACCAGUGGCUAUGUGUGGAUUGCAACAGAUUGGCUUCCUUCAGUGCUGGAUUCAAUGGAGCAAGUUGACACUGGCACAUUAAAUCUCCUUCAAGGGGUUGUAGCUUUGCGCCACCACACUCCUGAUAGUGAUCUCAAAAACAAAUUUUUCUCCAGGUUGAAGAACCUAAAAGGCAUGCAGAAGUCAAGCUUCAACUCUUAUGCAUUGUAUGCAUAUGAUUCUGUUUGGUUAGCAGCCCGUGCUCUAGAUGUUUUUACCAAAGAAGGGGGAAACAUAUCUUUCUCUUUUGAUCCUAAGUUGCAAGACAAUAAUGGAAGCAUGUUGCAUUUAUCAUCGCUUCGCAUUUUUGAAGGAGGUCCAUUGUUUUUUCCCACAAUCUUGGGAAUGAACUUCACUGGUUUGAGUGGUCCAAUUCAGUUUGAUGGGGAAAGGAAUCUGAUUCAUCCUGCAUAUGAUGUCCUGAACAUUGGUGAAUUUGGAUCCCGGAGAAUUGGUUAUUGGUCUAAUUACUCUGGUCUAUCAGUCAUAGCACCGGAAGUGUUAUAUAAGAAGCCAGCCAACACUUCAACAAGCAAUGAGAAACUGGACAGUGUUCUGUGGCCUGGAGAAACUAUAGCUACACCAAAAGGGUGGGUUUUCCCCAACAACGGAAAGCCGCUGCGAAUAGCAGUGCCUCUUAGAGUUGGCUACUUGGAGAUUGUAUCUAAAGACAAGAACCCUCCUGGGGUAAAAGGCUUUUGCAUUGAUGUCUUUGAAGCAGCCAUAAAUUUGCUGCCUUAUCCUGUCCCAAGACAAUAUAUAUUAUUUGGAAAUGGUGAUAGAAAUCCCAGCUAUAGUGACCUUGCCAAUCAGGUUGCAUCAAAUAACUAUGAUGCAGCUGUUGGAGAUAUUACAAUUGUCCCAAACAGGACAAGGAUUUUGGAUUUCACUCAACCUUUCAUGGAAUCAGGGCUGGUUGUUGUUGUUCCUGUCAAGGAGGUCAAAUCAAGCCCUUGGUCUUUCCUUAAGCCAUUCACUGCUCAAAUGUGGUGUGUUACUGGUGCCUUUUUUCUUUUUGUGGGAGCUGUUGUAUGGGUUCUUGAGCACCGGCACAAUCCAGAGUUCCGUGGUCCACCCAAGAAACAAAUUAUGACAAUCUUUUGGUUUACUUUCUCAACAAUGUUUUUCUCACACAGAGAAAACACUGUGAGUGGUCUUGGGCGAUUCGUGCUGAUCAUAUGGCUUUUCGUCGUGCUUAUUAUCAAUUCAAGCUACACAGCAAGCUUAACAUCCAUACUCACAGUGCAGCAACUGUCUUCACAAAUUGAAGGAAUUGACAGCUUGAUCUCAGGUACUCAGCCAAUUGGAGUUCAAGAUGGGUCCUUUGCUCGGAAGUACCUGAUAGAUGAACUCAAUAUACAAGAAUCUAGGAUAGUUUCGUUGAGAGAUCAGUCGGCAUAUGCUGAUGCCCUUAUGCGUGGACCGAAAGGGGGAGGGGUUGUAGCCAUUGUUGAUGAGCUUCCUUAUAUUCAGCUCUUCAUGUCCAAUACCAACUGUAAGUUCAGAACCGUUGGGCAGGAGUUCACUAAAAGUGGUUGGGGAUAUGCAUUUCAGAGGGACUCUCCCCUUGCUGUUGAUAUGUCAACCGCCAUUCUUCAACUCUCCGAGAAUGGUGACCUGCAAAAGAUCCAUGACAAAUGGCUUCUAAAACAUGAUUGCACAGCACAACUCGAUGAUAUCGAUUCAAAUAAGCUAUCUCUGAGCAGCUUCUGGGGUCUCUUUCUCAUAUGUGGCAUAGCAUGUCUCCUUACUUUGAUUGCAUUCUUUGUUAGAGUGUUCUGUCAAUACAUGAAAUUUAUCCCAGAGCCUGAGGUAGCUGACGAGGAAGUUCAAUCAAGCAGGUCUAGACGGUUUAUGAAAAUCGGAUCUGCUAGCUUCAAGGACUUGAUUGAUUUCGUGGAUAAGAGAGAAAAAGAAAUCAAAGAGGUACUUAGGCAGAAGAGUAACAAGAGGAGACGCAGCCAGAGCAUAGAUGGUCAAUCAAGUUCACCUGCCUAAGUAAUCAGGGACGUUUCUGUUGGUAUCUUCUUUUGUUUCUUAAUUUGGCUAUACCUUUAGUAAUAGUAUUCACACAAAUUUUGUCUAUACUGAAAUAUCUUGAUUUCUUCCUCCUUAGGUAGGAAAUUGUGGCUGUAAGGUUGUCAUAAACACAGUAUGAAAAAAAGGAAACGAUUAUUAUUAUCAUGAUAUACAUUUAAAGCCUGUAUACACUAGAUUUAGACAAUUGUACUUUCAUGUAAAGAAGUUUUGAGUUCAAGCUUGUAAA